AUGUACCACAUACAAGGUUCUCAAGGUAUUCCACCUGGAAAUAUGGAAGAACUCAAGAAGAGAUUAGCUUCAAUCACAAUUGAAGCUCCAAAAAUCGAUCUACCAAAUGAUAUUGAUGUAGAUCAACUACCGUUAUCAUACACCCAGAAUUCACAAAAGGAAGAACUAAUCUUGUCAUAUUGCGAUAACUUUAAGAAACAAUUUGCACAUCUAUAUCGCGAUCGAAAGCCACUGUUUAUGACACCACUUAACGAAUGCGGAAUAGAGAAAUUGAUUUGCACUUCAUUACAUCCAACCGAAUUACCAUAUAAAGAACUGUAUACUUACGAUGGAGCAGCAACUUUUGUCUCCGAUUUUUUAACAUUUGAACCGUUAACACCAACAACAGAGCCACCCAAUAUUUUAUGCUCUUCGACGACAAUUCUGAGAAGGCAAAAAGGCAAUAGCUUCGAUUUCAGUAUGUUAUUGUGCUCAUUGCUCCUUGGAGUAGGAUAUGAUGCAUAUUGCGUUCUUGGCUACGCCUCUCGCGAGACAACAUACAUGGAUCAAAGUCGAGAAUUUUGUCCACUCAUAACUCAACAGGAAGAGUUAGUAGAAGUAGAGGCUACUAAAGAACAAAAUAAGUAUACUGUUAAACCACCAAAAGAUUUGCGCAGUAAGUAUUUACGUGAUCAAGACAAGAAAAGGGUAGAAGAAAUUAAGAAUGAAGAAAAUAAACAGAAGGAAAUAGAAUUGAAAAGGAUUGCUGCACUAGAAAAGCCCAAACCAGAUCCAUUGCAUGGCUUACGAGUUCAUUGUUGGGUUAUGAUUUUAUCCGGAAAGCGUGAAGUCGCUGAAACAUUCUUUAUUGAGCCAUUAACUGGUCAAGCUAGAUCAGCUCAAGAUGACAACUACCUCGGCAUUGAAUGCGUAUGGAACAAUCUAAAUUUUUGGGUUAACAUGCAAGACUGUUCGGAAGGUGUACAGAACAUGAUUUACGAUUUAGGAGACCCUGCAAAAUGGGAAUUUUUAUUCCCUAAUGUUGAUAAGCCACUACUAGCACUUCAUCAAAAAGAAGAUGAUAGUAUAUUGGAUCUUGAUGAUGAUGAGGAGGAGAUAAAAGAUGAACAGAUUGAUUUACCGCCAGCAUGGAUUGAAGCGAUUGAGAUAUCACGCACAGAGUAUCAGACACGAAGUCCUCAAGGCAAAAAAACUAUUUUGUACAAAAGAGCAAAACUGGAAAAAUUUGCUGAAUAUUUAGUCCGAGAUGGCUUGAUCACAAAACUAUCCAUAUUCGACGAUAUUGAAAUGAAAAAUGUGCUUAAAACAAAAGAGUGGUUUAAACAUCGCAAAGAUAAAUUAAAUUUGCGUUGUUAUGAUCACACCACCGGUAAAAUUACUGAAGAAUUUUCUCCAGGUCGUAUUGGGUCUAAUAUCGGCAAAAUGCAAGCACUUAAAGAGCACACCUUUCAAUAUUCCGCUCCAGGGCCUGAGAAUGAAAGAGUGAUGAUAUUUUAUAGCCCUGCUCGAGUCGAUGGACUUGUUAGCCGAGAGGAAACGCCAACAUCGAUGGUAGAAACUUUUAAAGACCGACCUGAUUUCCUAUAUUAUCGAGCAACAUAUUUUGGUAGUCGUGCAAAAAAAUUUGGCCCUGCAAAGAAAUAUAAUCCGAUGACAGAAUCUGAAAGGCCAAUUUUGAAAAUUGUGGAGAGAUUUAAUCGAAACGCUGAGAAAUUAGCUGAUGAUGAUGUAGCUGAAAGAAUAUUUCAAAUCUCGGAUAACAGAAUACAAUUAAUUUAUCACCUUGGAGAUAAUCGUAUUACAGCAUCGAAAAGAGAAUUCCUAAAACCAGCAAAUGCUCAUGAUAAAGGUGUUACUUUAUCAAUGACACCAGAUAUGACAUCAACAUUUCAGGUUGAUAUACAUCAGAAACAGCCUAAACUACGCCAUCUUUAUGAGAUGUUAACUUCACUCAUUAGUGAAGAAUUGAAAAGUAUCGAUGCGGUUAGAGCAUCUGAAGCAGAAGUUCGAGAAAUAUUAAUUGAUCGAUCAAAAGAAGAAACUGCAUCAGAACUUUCUAUUUCGGUGUAUGAUACCGACCGUAAUGUGAAAGCGAAAUUGCAUCGCGAAGAACUGCUACGUCAACAACGCGAGGAAGAGCUACAUCGCGAUGAACGCGAAUUAGAUUAUUUAGCACCAUUUUUGGCACAAAUCGAAAAUGCUGAAAAUAUCACUCGAAGUAAUGCUUACGAAUUGAAAGAGAAGUGUUUACAAGAUCUUAAACAGCGAUUGAUCGAUCAAGCUAACUUAAUUCAAAGCCGAUUUGAAAAAGAAACACAAGAAUUACAACGCAAACAGGCCUGGUAUCAACAGAAUCAAGCAUCUAUGCAAAAGGAAGAUGAGGAGGAAUACCUAAAUUACUGUAGCGAAGCUAUGUUUAGGAUACAUAUUUUGGAAUUACGACUUAAUCGACAUAAAGAACUAGCUCCGCACAAGUAUCUGGCGCUAGAACAAAAGUUACGCUCAGAUCCUCGUCUAGCCGAAUUCUUCAACUAA